AUGGCACAAAGUGGCGGCUCAAGUUCAUUUCCGAAGACCAUGGAUGAGGUGAGGCGAGUCUUCAACAUGUACGAUGCGAACAGUGACGGCAAGAUCUCCUACGACGAGGUGUGGCAAGCACUGAGUGAGCUUGGCCGGACGACGGCCACCCAUGAGGAGGCGACGCACAAGUUUUCGGAGAUCGAUAGGAACGGGGAUGGCUUCAUCGACGUCCACGAGUUUGCCGAGUUCCUCACGUGGGAGCCGAUUGAAGGCCGCAGCGAGGAGGAGCAGCUCAGGGAGACGUUCAACUUUUACGACCUCGACAAGGACGGGCUGAUCUCGGCAGAGGAGCUGCAGGCGCUGAUGAGGAAGUUUGGGCAGCGCUGCUCAAUGAGAGAUUGCCAGGCGAUGAUUCUCACCGCCGACAGGGAUGGGGACGGCCAAAUCGAUUUCGACGACUUCAAGGCCAAGAUUUUUAACAAGUGA